GUGCUUUGUUCAUUCGUCUAUUUAUGGGCCAAAAUUGCACCAUUAAUUGUCAGCUAGGAGCUCAGAGGAACACAAUACGCACGCUUCACGCACCCGUCACCGUCAAUUAUGAAGCUGGGGCGUUCUCCGCUUCUUCUCUCUGGCCAUCUUCUUCUUUGCGUUCCGGCGAUUUGGGUGCUGGCCACUGCCGAUGUAGCGGCCGGCCAGCGUCCCGGCUGCCCGGCAAAGUGCGGCGACGUCGACAUCCCGUUCCCGUUCGGCGUUGGCGAUGAGUGCGCGUUCAGCGGCGGCUUUGACAUCAACUGCACGAGCGUUGAUAACGCCACGAAGCCUCUUUGGGGGAGUCAGGAGGUGACCAAGAUCUCCCUGCCUGACGCUAAGAUCUGGAUGAAUGUUAGGGCGAUCUCCUCGCAGUGCUAUUACUCAUCCACUGGCACUAUGAACUACUCUAAUAUAUGGUGGAACCUCACCAGUUCACCAUUAUGGAUAUCGGAAGUGGAUAACUCAAUUAUCGUCAUCGGGUGCAAUACUCUAGCUUAUAUGAAGAGCUCUUCGUAUGCAAUAGGUUGCUAUGCGACAUGCACUGACGUCACCCUCGAGAAUGGAAAAUGCUCUGGUGCCGGCUGCUGCGAAGCCGAGAUCCCAAAAGGCACUGUGGAUUAUCAUGGCUAUUUCAACCAAUACUAUAACACGACAAAAAUAUGGCAAAAGAGUCCUUGCAGCUACAUGGUACUGAUGGAAAAGGAUGCUUUCAGUUUCAACACCAGCUAUGUCAAUCCGAUGGUGUUUUAUGAUACAUACCAGGGUGCAGUUCCCAUGGUCCUGAACUGGCGAAUACGGCCAUCGACUUGCGAGGAAGCUAAAAAGAACAUGAGAGCUUAUGCCUGUGUCAGCAGGGAUAGCAAAUGUGUUGAUGCCACCAUCGGCUUGACGGCAGGUUACCGUUGCAAUUGCUCGGAUGGUUACAAAGGCAACCCUUACAUCGUGGAUGGAUGCCAAGAUAUUAACGAGUGCCUUGAAACUGCUAAUCCUUGCGGCCCUGAGAUGAUCUGCCAGAACACGCCGGCGAAUUUCAGCUGCUCAUGUCUCCCAGGAAAUUAUAUGACGCACGGCGUUUGCGUGCCAAAUCAAAAGCGUUCCCGUUUUCGGCCCAUGCCUGUUGUUGGUGCAUGUAUUGGACUAGUCGUGUUUGUGAUAUUCAUAGCAUGUGCAUGCUUGGUCCAAGAGAGAAGAGAGCUACGGAAAAUGAAACAGAGCUACUUUCGGCAGCAUGGAGGUCUCAUAUUAUUUAACGAGAUGAAGUCAAAAGAGGGCAAUGCAUUCAAAAUCUUCCACGAGGAAGAAUUGCAGCAGGCAACUGACAACUUUAGUGAAAAACAAGUCCUGGGUCAUGGAGGACAUGGAACCGUGUACAAGGGACUUCUCAAGGGUAACGUGGAAGUAGCUGUGAAGAAAUGUAAGACGAUCGACGAGCAACACAAGAAAGAGUUCGGUAAAGAGAUGGCAAUCCUAUCCCAGAUCAACCACAAAAAUAUUGUGAAGCUCCUCGGUUGUUGCCUCGAAGUGGAAGUCCCCAUGCUGGUGUACGAGUUCGUUCCAAACGGUACGCUCUUCCAUCUCAUACACCGCAACCAUGGCCGGUGUAUCUCCUUGGCUACUCGCUUAGGGAUCGCCAUCGAAUCUGCGGAUGCGCUCACCUACCUUCACUCGUCGGCUUCAACACCCAUCCUACAUGGAGACGUCAAGUCCCCCAACAUCCUCCUCGAUGGCAACCUUAGCGCGAAAGUCUCUGACUUUGGCGCCUCCAUCCUGGCACCAACUGAUGAGUCACAGUUCGUCACACUUGUACAAGGGACAUGUGGUUACCUCGACCCGGAGUACAUGCAAACAUGCUAUUUGACAGACAAGAGCGACGUGUAUAGCUUUGGGGUUGUUCUUGUUGAGCUCCUCACGGGAAGAAUACCUUUCAAUCUUGAUGCCCCAGAGAAAGAGAAGAGUCUAGCAAUGAUGUUUAUGUCUGCAAUGAAGGAGAAUAGGUUGGCUGACAUAUUAGAUGACCAGGUCAAGGGUGAAGACAACAUGGAGAUUCUUGAAGAGAUCGCAGAGAUAGCAAAGCACUGUUUGGAUAUGUGUGGUGAUAACAGGCCCUCAAUGAAGGAGGUUACAGAGAAGCUUGAUGGACUGAUGAAGGUGAUGCAGCAUCCGUGGGUGCAAGAGAACCCCGAAGAGAUGGAAGGCUUGCUUUCCGAGCCCAUGGCCAACUCGACGAUCGCUAGUGCUGAAUAUUUCAGAAUUGAGAAAAAUGCUAUUAAUGCUAUGCAAUCUGGUCGUUAAGUAAUAUAUUGUUUUAUUCUUCUAUUUUUUUUAAACAUUAGAGUGAUCAAAUGUUAUAUGCUAUUGUAAAAGAUUUUUGGUAUGUGUAUAUUUUUGAAAUAUGCCAAUAUAUCAUUUGUAUGAAUUGACUUUCGAAAUC